AUGGACACAAAUUAUUUGUCCGGAGGUGACUCUACAACACAAGGUGAAGAAGAAAGAGGAUGCCAUCCGGCCUUUGACGCAGCUGCACUCGCUCCUUCCUAUACCAUGGAUCGAUCGUCUGCAAACCCUAGCCUCGUCCAACUCUCCUCUGCAACUUAUAUGCACACACUCUCUACUUCCCAUGAACACCCACUUUAUUCUUUAUCGCCGUCGAACCUUGUCCCAUGCUACUCUGCCUCCGAGCUACCACACAUGGGUGCAUAUCAUCCGGCCCGAGUCCCCCAGACGACAGAUGCAGACACCGGAAUGUCACACUUUCUUUUCACAGACCAGCCGAUCAAUACGUUCUCUCAACCCAGCCUCAACUAUACGUCUCACCAUGCCGUCGAAACCCCUGAACCAUUCCACAGCGGGCACCCCAACUCCGCCGCCGCCGACGACUACUACUAUUGCGUGACGACCAGCCAGUGGUUUUCUUCUCAACUUCCACCGCAGUCGCAGCAAGCUCCUUUAUCUACCGCAGCCCCAUCCUACUCACCCACGUCACACGACGAGUCCCUUUUCCCUCCGGCAUUCCCUUCAUCUCCAUCGUAUCUUCAUCAGCUUCCGGUAUCCUCCCCGGCUCAACCCAGUACCGCAAGGACGUCCAGUACACCGGACAACGAUUCCCCCACCACGAUAGCAACCAACCAACCGAGUCAACAAAAAGAUCUCAGCCAGUACGGUAUCCCCGAAGGAGACGGGACCUGGCGGUGUGCACAUGAGGGCUGCAAGUCAUCGACUCGCUUCCGUCGCGGUUGCGAUCUCCGCAAACAUUACAAUCGACAUAAAAAAACAUUCAACUGCCGGCACCCCCAUUGCGAGGGCUCCAAGAAAUGGUUUUCCAGUAAAAAAGACCGGGAUAGACAUGAAGCGAAACAUAACCCGGAUGUGAAAUGUGAAUGGGGUUGUCCGCGCGUGUUCAGUCGCGUCGAUAACAUGAAGGAUCAUGUGCGACGCAUGCAUAGACAAUAG